GCUCACCGCCCCUCACCUUCCCAGCUCCGCCCUCGGCCCGGCGCUUCCUGGGCUCCUCGCCGGCGGCCUCGAGGGGCCGCGCGCCCCUGACGGCGCGCCCGACCCUGCCUGCGCCCCGAGUCCGCUCCUCGCGGCCCUCGGCGGUAGCUUCGAUAUAUUCAGGCCAGGCUGUAACUUUCAUUACUCUUUUCCCGCCUUUGCAGCGUUCCCGUCCUCUCUCGCAGGGAAGGAAUAUUGUGCCCCGAGAAUAAUGGUGAAACGAAUUCAGAGGCUCUGUGCUGGCAUAUUAAGGGCCCAGAACCUGUCUGGGGGGGUUCUCCAAGGCCAAGAACUCCGGUCCUGAGUCGCAGACCUGUGCUCACUUCCUGUUCCUCUUACUACUGCUGCUACUACUACUACUGACAAUAGCAACUAACGUUUGUACAGUUCUGGUCAUGUGCCAGGCACUGUUCUAAGCACUUUAGACAUAAAUGAAUUUAUUUACGCUUCAUGACAGUAUCAUGAAGUAGGUAUUUUUGUUAUUCUCAUUUUUCAAACGAGGAAACAUGUGGCCCAGGGUACGGUGUUCAAUGGUGUCGUCGUGAUCCGUCCCCCCCCGCAUGUUCACCAGGAACCUCAGAAUGGGACAUUAUUUAGAAAUAGGGUCUUUGCUGAUGUAAUUAGUUAAGAUGAGGUUAUAGUGGGUUAGAAUGGGCGCGAAAUCCAAUAUGACUCGUGUCCUUUUAAGAAGAGGGAAAUUUGGAUACAGAAGCAGGCUUAGAGGGAAAACUACCAUGUUAAGAUGGAGGCUGAGACUGGACUGGAUUUAUGCUGCCAAUAGGGGCUACCAGAGUUGGAAGAGCCAAGGAAAGCUCUUCCAGAGCCUUCCAGGUGGGCACUGCCUUGCAGACACCUUGAUUUGAAGACUUGAAGCCUCCAGAACUAAUGCGGAUUGUGGAUGAUGACGUGAGCUGGACAUCUAUCUCCACCACUAAACCAGAAAAGGAGGAAGAGGAAGAUGAUGGAGAUUUGCCUGUGGUGGCUGAGUUUGUGGAUGAGCGGCCAGAAGAGGUAAAGCAGAUGGAAGCCUUUCGUUCCAGUGCCAAAUGGAAGCUUCUGGGAGGCCACAAUGAAGAUCUACCCUCACACAGACAUUCCCGUCAUGAUACCCCGGAUUCAUCUCCUCCUAGGAGGGUCUGUCAGGAGAGCCCGGAUUCAUCUCCUCCUAGGAGGGCCCGUCAUGACAGCCUGGAUUCGUCUCCUCCUAGGAGGGCCCGUCAUGACAGCCCGGAUUCGUCUCCUCCUAGGAGGGCCCAUCCUGACAGCCCAGAUUCGUCUCCUCCUAGGAGGGCCCAUCCUGACAGCCCAGAUUCGUCUCCUCCUAGGAGGGCCCGUCAUGCCAGCCCGGAUUCGUCUCCUCCUAGGAGGGUCCGUCAUGCCAGCCCGGAUUCGUCUCCUCCUAGGAGGGUCCAUCAUGCCAGCCCGGAUUCGUCUCCUCCUAGGAGGGUCCGUCAUGACAGCCCGGAUUCGUCUCCACCUAGGAGGGUCCGUCAUGACACACCAGAUCCAUCUCCACCUAGGAGUUCCUCAGAUAUGUCUCCUCCCAGAAAAGCCCGUAACGGCUCCCCUGACACAGCUCAACCUAGGAAGACCCUUGACUCGGUGGACACCUCACAGCUUAGGAGGGCCCAUCAUAGUUCCCCUGACUUGGCUUCUGAUGUCCCUCAUUCACUGCCCAGAGCCAAAAGCAGUAAAGCCCCAGAAAGCUCCAGCAAAACUUCUCCACAUCGGAAGGGGCCAGGAGCUUCUCAUCCAUCACUCCCAAAGAACAGCAUGUAUGGGUAUGAGUCGGACCUCUCUCCUCCACGGAAAAAGCAAGCAAAAUCCCAUUUUGGAAUCAAGCAACAUGAUUCUAAAGGCUCUUCCCCCAGCCAUAUGAAAUGUCAUACAAGCUCUUCACCCAGGAGACAUCAGAGUCACACAUUGGACUCUUCUUCCUACCCAAGUGACAGUAGGCAAGCCUCUGAUUCAGAUCUUUCUCCUCCACGGCAUAAACAAAGUUCAGGGCCCCGGGAUUCUGAUUCAGAUCUGUCACCUCCACGGAAUAGACCUAGGCACCGGAACUCUGAUUCUGACCUCUCUCCACCAAGGAGGAAACAGAGGGCCAAUUCUUCUGAUUCCGAUCUGUCUCCACCUCGAAGGAGUCAGCCUCUGGGAAAGAAGGCUGCGUACAUGUAUUCUGGGGCUAAAACUGGGUUGGUGUUAACUGACAUACAGCGAGAGCAGCAGGAGCUCAAGAGACGAGACCAAGAGACCGUGGCAUUUGAAGCUGAAUUCCAACAUGCUGAAACUGUAUUUCGAGAUAAGUCUGGUCGUAAGAGGAAUCUGAAACUGGAACGUUUAGAGCAGAGGAGAAAAGCAGAGAAGGACUCAGAGAGAGAUGAGCUGUAUGCUCGGUGGGGAAAAGGGCUUGCGCAGAGCCGGCAGCAGCAACAAAACGUGGAGGAUGCAAUGAAGGAAAUGCAAAAGCCUCUGGCCCGCUAUAUUGAUGAUGAAGAUUUAGAUCGGAUGCUGAGAGAACAAGAAAGAGAAGGGGACCCCAUGGCCAACUUUAUCAAGAGGAAUAAGGCCAAGGAGAACAAGAAUAAGAAAGUGAGACCUCGCUACAAUGGCCCAGCACCUCCUCCCAACAGAUUCAAUAUCUGGCCUGGCUAUCGCUGGGAUGGAGUAGACAGAUCCAAUGGAUUUGAACAGAAGCGCUUUGCCAGGCUUGCCAGCAAGAAGGCGGUGGAGGAACUUGCCUACAAGUGGAGUGUUGAGGAUAUGUAACUUUUCUGAGGCUGUGGGGGUGGCUGUGGGUUGUCGUGGUGGGCAUAAGGCAGCCAGACAUCCAGCUGUAACAGUCGUCUAUGCUAAUAAUCAGGGCCAACACCGACCAGCCACUUGUUGAAUGCCAGUUUUGACUACAGAAGAAUACUUGAGACGUAAUGUUUGGACUGAAGGACCUGUACUUCUCAGGUGUGCUGACACUGCCUGUUGCUGGCUUUCAGAGGAAGCACUGAUUUCUCUGUGUCCCAGGGUUUGUUCUUGGUUAGGGUUUUUCUUUUUUAAUAAAUAUAUUUAUUUUUUUA